CUGCAAUGUUAAUCGAUAUGGCUGAGGAGCGUGGUGGCGGAAAUUUAGACAUUCGAUUUGGUGAACCAUUGCAUUGUCAUUUUCCACUAUUCGAUGGCAUACAGGUGUUCAGUUUUCCCAUUAUGGGUUGCAUUUACCUGUGUAUGUGGUUGGGUGCCAUUGGCAUAAUAUUGGGUUAUCGUUUCCGUCUUAGCUGCUUGGCCUUUAUUCUACCCUAUUGGUAUAUUUUCCUUUUGGAUAAGCCGGCAUGGAAUAAUCAUAGUUAUCUAUUUGGUUUGGUGGGUGUAAUGCUACUCUUUAGCCAAGCAAAUCGUUAUUGCUCAUUAGAUAAAUAUUUCAAUCCAGAAAUGCCGACCACUGUGCCAUAUUGGAAUUAUUUUCUGAUUAAAUUUCAAUUUUUCAUACUCUAUAUGUAUGCCGGACUUAAAAAACUUACCGCUGAAUGGUUAUCGGGUUACGCUAUGUCUUCACUAAGUCGCCACUGGGUCUUGAGUCCAUUUCGUUGGGUGUUAUCUGAAGAAUUGGCUGAUUUAUUAAUUGUUCAUUGGUUUACGGCAAUAUUUGAUUUUAGUAUAGCAUUUUUCAUGACAUGCAGCAAGACACGAUUAUUGGCCACACCAUUUAUGGUUAGUUUUCAUUUGAUGAACUCACGUCUGUUUGUAAUUGGUAUGUUUCCAUGGGUGUGUUUGGCCCAAGUGCCAAUGUUUUAUGGCUUUGAUUGGCCGCGAAAACUUAAUAAAGAAAAUUUCAAAAAAUUGUAUAACAAAUUAAUGAAAAAAGAUCCCAAUGAAAAGGAAGUACAAAAAGUAAAUGCAAUUAAAGACAGCAGCAAAGAAGAGACUAACAAUGAACUCCAAGAACCAGAAAAAAUAAACGACAAUCCAAUAUAUUAUUGUAAAGGGUGUCAGAAACAAUUAAAAAUAACCAACAAAUGCAACAAGAAAGAAUAUUUGCAAACAUUUGUUGUUCUGCUUUACUGUGCAUUGCAACUAUUUUUGCCAUAUUCACAUUUCAUUACCAAAGGAUAUAAUAAUUGGACAAAUGGCUUAUAUGGUUACUCAUGGGAUAUGAUGGUGCAUUCGUACAACACCAUUAUGACAACUAUUAAAGUUGUAGAUAAUUCCAAUAAUAAAACACACUAUUUAAAUCCUUAUGCAUUUACGGAAUACGAUCGUUGGAUGAAAUACGCCGAUAUGGCACAACAGUAUGCCCAGUGUAUAAAACGUAAUAUUGAUUUUGAACACAAACGGAAUCCUCGUGGCAGUCCAUUAAGUUCAACAAAUAUUUCCAUUUACAUUGAUGUUUGGUGUUCUAUGAAUGGCCGCUUUCAGCAACGCGUAUUUGAUCCAAGGGUAGAUUUACUAACAGCUGAAUGGUCACCUUUUAAGAGAACAUCAUGGUCCUUGCCAUUGCUCACAGAACUGAAUCAUAUGCGACCCCGGUUGCGUAACAUAGCCGAUGAUGUGUUAUCGUGGAAUAAUUAUUCGGAUGUGAUGUUUGUUGCCGAUUUUCCAGGUCUAACAUUGGAUCAUUUUAUAUCACCGGAUUUGACAAAUGUUUCGCUUACCAUACUGGAGGGUCAUGUCCGUUAUAAAAGUGAUGAUGAAAAUGAAUCAUAUUUUUUAACAGCUGGUAAAAGUAUUGGUCUUCCCGCUGGUGUUAUGCAUCACAUAACCACAUUAGGUAUGAAGCCAUCAUGCUAUCUUUAUACAUAUGUUAAUAAGACCAUGCAACAAGAGAAUAUCAUACUUGAUAACACAACAAUAAAGGAGAAACCCUUACUGCCGUUGUGGCAAGAAUUUAGACAGCGCGUAGAUAAUUAUAUACGUUUCCUACAACAUAUGGGUAAUUGUAUUUUACAUUUGCUAUAUGGUGUACCGAUACCAAUGAAAAUACGAGAUAAAGAUUAA